AUGGAUGGAAAGUUUGAAGGGCAGCAUGACCAUGAAGGACUAGUGGCGUCACUGGCCCAGGGUGCGGAGAAAGGGGCAGAGAUACGCAAGAAGGAGACAACUGAUAAGCAAGGCGGUUGGUUGACUGCGGGUGCCAAGCAGUCAAAUGUGAGAGGCGGAACCACCCAAGAGAAGGGAAGCGGGGGAAACGGUGUACAGCAGCAACCUAAAAGGCCCUCGUCAUGGCGAGACUCAGGUCAAACAAAAGGCAGCGGGGGUGCAUCGGGAACCAGAAACACCGCCAGAGAACACACGAGCAGGGGAGAUGGCACCAUUGGCGUACAUACUGCAAACCGCGACAAGGUUAGCAGCUCUAGCAAAGGAACGACGAUUCCAGCGACACAAGGCGACAGUCCUGCAAUCGACGACCGACGAGCUCCCAACGGACAGUCAACUCAGGGCAAGAUGGCAGGACGUGCCAACGGCCUGGCAGAAGGAGAAAUACGAGAAUCUGACAAGUUAUUGGGAUGCUGGGAACAUUGA